GGUUAUCGCCAGGCACCAAUAAGGACCAGAUAAGAAAGCUUCAAAGUUUACUUUCAACGGUUCAACUAGUCCUUGAAGAUGCUGAGGAUUGGCAAGUAAAGGAAAAGGCGGUGAAAGAUUGGCUGAUAAAGCUCAAAGAUGUAGCUUAUUGGAUGAGUAUGUUACAGAAGCUCUACAACAUAAAAUGGAGUUUCACCAUCUCAUGGAAGUAAGAGGAUGCCUAAUAAACAUGUCUAGACUGCAAUCAGAUUCUUACUUGUAUGAGUCUGAAGUGUUUGGGAGAGAUGAAGACAAAGAGAAGAUCAUAAUCUGUCUGAUGAAUCCGAUUGAUAGUGGAGAUGUUUCAGUCAUUCCCAUGCUUGGCAUGGGAGGGCUAGGGAAGACAACUGUGGCGAAAUUGGUCUAUAAUGACAACUGUGGCUGGGCGACACCAUUUCAUGGCUACGAAGGCUGAAUUCGAAGAGAGAUUCAAAGAAGCAUGGCUGAACUGGCCGUAGGAGGAGCUUUCCUCUCUGCUUUUCUUCAAGUGCUUUUUGAUAGGUUAGCUUCUCAGGAAGUGGUUGACUUCUUCCGUGGAAAGAAACUCAUUGUAGACUUGCUCAAGGAGCUGAAUAUAACCUUGUUGUCAGCUACUGCACUGCUAAAUGAUGCUGAGGAAAAGCAACUACAAGAUCAGACGGUGAGGAAGUGGCUUGAUGAGCUUAAGGAUGUUGUUUAUCAAGCAGAUGAGCUGGUGGACGAGAUCAACACUAAAGCUUUGAGACGCAAGAUGAAGGCUAAAUCAGGAAACAACAUCAGUAAGACAUUCUUGAAACUCAUUCCUACUUCUUUUGGUGCAUUUGAUAAUCUUGUGAAAACAAAGAUAGUUGGAAUUCUUGAUAGGUUAAAGCUUAUUAUGGGUCAAAAAGAUGUCCUUGGCCUAAAAGCAGGUGUUCAGAAUAAAAUUUUGCAAAAGCUGCCUGCUCCUUUGGCAAAAGAAUCUGGUGUUUAUGGUAGAGAUGAUGACAAAGAGAAAAUUAUUAAGUUAUUGCUAUUAAAUGAUGUUAGUGGGAAUAGGAUACCUGUGAUUCCAAUUGUGGGCAUGGGUGGUAUUGGCAAGACCACUCUUGCACAGCUCAUCUUCAAUGACAAUAGAGUGAAAGAGCAUUUUGAGUCCAAAGCAUGGAUUACAGUAUCAGAUGAGUAUGAUGUUGUUAAGAUACUGAAACUAAUUUUUGAAAGCAUCACUUAUAAGAAAUGUGAUAUUGAGGAUCCAUAUAAGCUUCAAGUUAAACUAAAGGAGGUUUUGGAGGGGAGGAAGUUUCUCAUUGUUUUGGAUGAUGUUUGGAAGGAGAAUUAUAGUAGUUGGUUGGCAAGUUCUUUUGAUUUUGGAGCAACUGGAGGUAAGAUCAUCACGACGACACGCAAUAGAAUGGUUGCGCUAAAGAUGGGUAAUGUUACAAUCCAUGACUUGCAAGUAAUAUCUGAUGAUGAUUCUUGGAAACUAUUUGUAACACAUGCCUUUAGUGAUGUGGACUUGGAUGGAUAUCCAGAUCUUCAGAAAAUUGGUCAUGAAAUUGUUGCAAAAUGUAAGGGACUUCCUUUAGCAAUAAAAUCCCUUGCUGGACUUUUACGAUCUCAGUUUAAUCUGGAGGAAUGGAAAAGGAUUUUGAAAAGUGAUAUAUGGGAUUUGCAUUUGCAAGAAAAUGGGAGUGUUGAAGUUAUUCCAGCAUUAUGGAUGAGUUACCAAUAUUUACCUUCACAUCUCAAACAAUGUUUUGCUUUUUGCUCAAUUUUCCCUAAAGGUUUUAAAUAUGAGAAAAGGCAUCUAAUCUUGUUGUGGAUGGCAGAAGGAAUUCUACAAUAUAAGAGUGGGAAAAGAAUGGAAGAUGUUGCUGAGGAAUGCAUCAGCGCUCUAAUGUCACGAUCACUAUUUCAACGAUCAAGUUGGAACGAAUCGACUAUCUUCAUGCAUGAUCUUGUCCAUGAUUUAGCCAAUUUUGUAUCGGGUGAAUUUUGUAUAAGAUUGGAUGACAAUAACUUAAACAACCUUACAAGGAAGACUCGUCAUUUGUCAUAUGUUGGGGGAAGGUUUGAGUUAAAGAAGUUUGAGAAGUUAUCCGAAGCUAGGUCUUUACGAACCUUUCUGUCAAUCCAAUCUUCACCACUGCAGGGAUCAUUGUUGCCUAACCACAUAUCAAUGGAUGGAAUAUUGUCAAGUAUUGGAGUAUUCUUAAAAACACUCUCUCUAUCUGGGUCUUUCAUCAGAGAGUUGCCAAAUUCAGUUGGAAGUAUGAAAUAUCUAAGGUAUUUGGACUUAUCUUCAACUGAAAUUACAGAAAUGCCUGAUACGAUUUGUACCUUGUACAAUUUGCAGACACUACUAUUAGCAUACUGUACAAAUCUUACUCGUUUACCAGUGAAGAUAGGAAAUCUAAUCAACUUGCGCCAUCUUGAUAUUAGUAAUACAAUUUCUUUAAAAGAGAUGCCAUCUCAAAUUUGUAAUCUAAAAGAGUUGGUGACUCUAACUGAUUUUGUUUUGGGAAAGCAGAGUGGUUCUAGUAUUAAAGAAUUAAGAGGACUUCAGCAUUUGUCUGGCAUACUUAAAAUUUCAGGCCUUGAAAAUGUUAUCAAUGUUGAAGAUGUUUUGGAGGCUAAUUUACAGGACAAGAAGUGUCUUAAAGGGCUGAUUUUGAUGUGGGAUAUUGGUGGUAUUGGCACUAAUGAUUCACUAAAAGAAAGAGAGAUACUAGAUGCCCUCCAACCUCACACUAACUUGAAGCAACUUUCUUUCUAUGGAUACAGAGGCGCAAUAUUCUCAAAUUGGGUAGGACAUCAUUCCUUUUCUGAUAUAGUAGAAGUGCGUCUACACUUUUGCAAAAGUUGUUGUUUCUUGCCAUCAUUUGGACAGCUACCGUACCUCAAAAAGCUCGAGAUUUGGGGAUGUGAUAGUGUGAUCACAGUAGGUUCAGAGUUUUACUCCAAUGGCCUUUGCAUGUCUAAGCCAUUUCAAUCUUUAGAAAUUUUGCAUUUUUGGAAUAUGCCUGAAUGGGAGGAAUGGUUAUUCACUGAAGAUGUAGUAGUCUUUGCUCGACUUAAAGAGCUUCAUUUGGAAGAUUGUCCAAAGUUGAGUGUGAGCCUGCCUGAUUAUCUUCCAUCAUUAACUAUACUACAGGUGUUGAAUUGUAAACAAUUGAUGCCUUUACUUCCAAGGGCUCAACAGAUGGACUCCGCAUUUCCAUGUGUGAAAAAUAUGAAGAUAUCUGGAUGUCCAGAACAGAAGUCAUUUCUUGAAGGGGGGUUACCUUUGAGUUUAAGUUCGUUAAGAAUUUCCUUUUGUGACGAGCUUGAAGCCUUUGAUGAUGAGUGUUUUGGAGUCUUAUCCUGUCUAAAAGAGUUGGAGAUUCAUAAUUGUGCUCAAUUUAUGAAUUUUCCAAUUACAGAGAAGCCUGAUAUGAUGCUUUCUUCUAAGUUUAAGGAUCAUAUUAAGAAGAAAGAAGUAAAAGAAUAUGGAUCAACUGGAACAAGCAGAAGCAUCAGGUUUGGACCUGCAAACAAUAAUAUAUUCUGGGAAGAGGAAGUAGUGAAGGAUGGUAAGGUAUCUGACAUCACUACUACUCAAGCUAGAGGAGGACAAGAUAUCCUAGGCAUUCCUUGGGAUAAGUUUAAUAAAAACAGAGAGCAAUACCGGCAAAGAAGGCUUGAGGUGUAUAAGAAUUAUGAAAACAUCCCUUUUUCAGGAGAGAGGGUUAGAAAUGACUCCAAGAUUACGGAGAAAGGAUUGAUUUACUAUGAGUUCAAACGAAAUGCACCAUUGGUGAAACCAAACAUUUUGCAUUUUCAGUUGAGGAAUUUGGUGUGGGCAACAUCAAAAUGUGAUGUCUACCUUAAUCAAAGUAAAUCUAUUGUUCAUUGGUCAUCGUUAACUUCUAGCAGGUCUGAGGUUCUCAACCUCUCCAGACAUGUGGCACCUUCAGAGAAACAUCCUGGAAGUUUGUUGGAGGGAUUUAAGAAGACUUUCAUUAGUACCAUUGCAGUAAAAGAUAAACUACUCGUUGUUGGAGGUUAUCAAGGUGAACUUAUUUGCAAGUCUCUUGAUUGGCCGGGAGUUAGCUAUUGCUACAAGACAACUUACGAUAAUAAUGCUAUAACCAAUUCCGUUGAGAUUUAUGCAAGUCCCAGUGGCGUUGUUCACUUUCUAGCUUCGAGCAAUGACUGUGGAAUCAGAGAAUUUAAUAUGCAGAGAUUUCAGCUUUCUAAGCAUUUACGUUUCUCUUGGCCAGUGAAUCAUUCUUCUUUGAGUCCUGACAGUAAACUUCUCGUAGUUGUUGGGGACAAUCCAAAUGGAUUGAUGGUGGACCCCCAAACUGGAAAGACAGUGGCAGAAUUUAGUGAACACAAGGAUUAUUCUUUCGCUUCUUCAUGGCACCCCAAUGGUGUCAUUUUUGCCACUGGAAACCAGGACAAAACUUGCCGUGUUUGGGACAUUCGCAACCUAUCCAAGUCGGUGGCUAUUCUGAGUGGCAACUUAGCUGCCAUUCGAUCAAUCCGCUUCACUUCCGAUGGUUGUUACAUGGCAACAGCAGAGGAUGCAGACUUUGUGCACAUCUAUGAUGUGAAGAGCGGGUUCGAGAAAGAACAGGAAAUUGAUUUCUUUGGUGAGAUAUCAGGCAUAUCUUUCAGUUCAGAGGCCGAAUCACUUUUUAUUGGGGUGUCUGAUCGUGAUUACGGGGGUAUCCUAGAGUAUGGUCGACAUAUAUAAAAAGUCCACUUGUCUGUGAUUGUGGUUAGGCUUGGCCGCCGGCAUUUUACUUUGAAGAUUCCAAGAGAUUGAAGCAGUCUUGUAACCAAGCACAUCAGUUAUUGCAAAAACCAUUGUUUGUUGCAGUUGACUUCUUAUUUGCCAACAUGCCUACUGGGCAUUUUAGUUUUAGUUGGAUUUUACAAAUAUGGAGAUAUGUGGUGUCAUUGUGAAAUGUUAUAAAUAGCACCAAGGUUGAUAUUAGAUACUCUGUUAUAUGGUGAUUUUAUUUUUUAUUCUCUUAAUUUGAGUGUUUUGCUGUACUGUAUGUACCAAUUAUUGGAGUUGAUCAAAUCCUAAACAGUAUAUUCAUUCACCUGCAUUCUUGCAAAUCAAGCAAACAGAGCAUAUUUCAUCCUC